AUGCCCAAGCAAGAAGAUGUCGCCGUGGUGGCUGAACAGUCCGAAGUCAAUCGGCUCAUGGCCCUUGACACCACGCCCUGGUAUCGAAAGCCCAACCUCCGCUUCCUCUACUUUUGUCUUGUACCAGCAGCACUUGGAGUUGAAAUGACCACUGGGUACGACGGCUCAGUUCUUAAUGGUUUGCAGGCUGUGACUGCCUGGCAAGAACACUUCGGACACCCCAAAGGAGCUCUUCUAGGAGUCACAAGUGCAUCUUAUAACCUUGGCGGAUUGAUUGUUCUUCCCAUCGUUCCCUGGGUGAUUGAUAGAAUCGGCCGAAAACAUAGCAUUACACUUGGUUCGGUCAUUCUAAUCAUUGGCACGAUCUUACAGACUUGCUCUGUCAAUAUCGGCAUGUUCCUCGCUUCGCGUUUACUCCUUGGCUGCGGUAUCCCUUUUGCCGUUUCUGGGGCCUCACAGCUUCUUGCCGAACUCACCUAUCCCCGCGAACGCCCGGUUAUUUCUGGUCUUUUUAACGUCUCCUGGUUUGCUGGUGCUAUACUAGCAGCUGGAGUAACACUUGGAACCUACAACUUGCAGAGUAACUGGGCCUGGCGUAUUCCCUCGGCAUUGCAGUGCGCUCCCUCUAUCCUGCAGAUCAUCUUCGUCUGGUUCAUUCCUGAGUCUCCUAGAUGGCUUCUAUUCAAAGAACGCAAUGAAGAAGCCAUGGCAGUUCUGGUUAAAUAUCAUGGCGAGGGCGACCCUGACUCUGCUUUUGUCCACGCCGAGUAUAUCGAAAUAUCCACCCAGUUGAGACAGGAGCUGGACAACUCCAAGAGGCGUUGGGUUGAACUUCUGCAAUCAGCCGGCAAUAGGAAGAGAGUUCUUAUUGCAAUGUGCAUGGGCGUUUUCUCUCAGUGGUCUGGCAAUGGAUUGGUAUCUUACUAUCUAGCUAGAGUUCUUACAACGGUCGGUGUUACAGACAAGCGCACACAGAAUAUCGUUAAUCUUUCCCUAUCUUGCUGGAGUUUUCUCACCUCAGGUGCUUGCGCCUUCCUGACCCGGGUCCUACGCCGCCGUGUCCAGUAUCUCACAGCCUUUUGCUGCAUGGUUGCAGUCUUUGCCACUAUUACCGGUGUUAGUGCCCAUUACGCUAUCAGUGGCGGUCACGCCGCAGCCGUGGCAGUUGUAGCCAUGAUCUUCGUCUACAAUGCAUCAUACAAUAUCAUGCAGCCACUAUUGUUUGUUUACAUCACCGAGGUCUUCCCUUUUGUUCACCGCGCAAAGGGUAUCGCCAUUCUCCAGUUUUUCGUGCGAGGCAGUACCGCCUUUAACGCCUUCGUCAACCCCAUUGGUCUUGAUGCGCUUGCUUGGAAGUUCUACUUAUUUUACUGCGUUUGGCUUGUUGUUGAGACGACGACCAUAUACUUCCUUUACCCAGAAACCAAGGGUCCUACUCUAGAAGAGUUGGCCUAUUUAUUCGAGGAUAAGCCUAAGGAUAUCUAUGAUGCAGAUGAAAAAGUAGAAGUUAAGCCGAAUGUUAAACAACUUGUGUAA